AUGCCCUUACUCUCGUCCUCCGCUCCCUGCGUGUCGCAUUACGGCCUUCACAACCCGCACUCAUCGCUGUGCUCCCCUCCGCACCCUUUCCCCCCUCCAGGCGCACUCGUCCUUGGGGUGCUCUUCGCGUCCGCGCUCCUCACUCUCGCCGCCGCACCGAAAUGCGUGCUGUACUCGAAUUGGGACGUGACGGACAACAUGAAGACGCAGUCGAAGAAGAGCGGCAAGUCCACCAAGUCGCUUCCCACUGGCAAACUCACCCUCAAGGAGUACAAGGGCAGCUCAGACGAGUCGUUCGACCUGUCGGUGACUGCGGAGCUGAGCGGGUUCCCGGAGCCCCCUGUCGCGAUCGUGAUCGGCAAGGGCAAGUUCGGAAGCAACACGGGCGUGUCGUGGCUCAUCAACAAGCCCUGGAGCGGCGGUGGCGGCUCGUACAAGCUGGACUUCAAGCUGACGGCCAUUGAGAAGAUCGCGCCUCGUGGCGGCAGCGGCACGAUUCUGGAUGUGAUGCAGGCUGUGGAUACGGGCAUCUUUCUGGUGGAUGCGGGGCUGUACGAGAGCCAAGACGAGGCCAUCUUGCGAGAGGAGGUUCUCGGUCGCCUCGACGAGAUAGUGAAGGUGUGGGUGAAGAGCGUGAGUCGGCGCAAGGGCUUUAACGAUCAGUUCGUCGCGGACGCCAACGCCAAGAUCUUCACCUUCGGCUCCUACCGCCUCGGGGUGCACGGUCCAGGCGCCGAUAUCGACACGCUCUGUGUGGGCCCGCGUCAUGCCACCAGGGAGGAGGAUUUUUUCGGCGAGUUGCACGACAUGCUGGCGCAGCUGCCCGAGGUGACGGAGCUGCACUCGGUGCCCGAUGCACACGUGCCCGUGAUGAAGUUCAAGUUCCGCGGCAUCUCCAUCGACCUGCUCUACGCACAGCUCGCUCAUACGGUUGUUCUCGAGGACCUGGAUCUAUCGGAGGAGGCGAUACUGCAGAACGUGGACGAGUGGACGCAGCGGUCGCUCAACGGGUGCCGCGUGACGGACCAGAUCCUCAAGCUCGUGCCCAACAUCGAGACGUUUCGCCUGACACUGAGGUGCAUGAAGCAUUGGGCCAAGAAGCGAGGCGUCUAUUCCAACGUCGCGGGGUUUCUGGGCGGGGUGAACUGGGCGAUCCUAGCGGGCCGCGUGUGCCAACUCUAUCCCAACGCCGCCCCAUCCAUGCUGGUCGCUCGCUUCUUCCGCUUCUACACGCUCUGGCAGUGGCCGCUGCCCAUCAUGCUCACCGUCAUCGACCACGGAGUCAUGGGCUUUAACUUCCCCAUCUGGGACCCCCGCCGCAACCCCCGUGAUGCUCUGCACCUCAUGCCGAUCAUCACCCCCGCGUACCCGUGCAUGAACAGUAGUUAUAAUGUCUCGGAGAGCACGCUAAGGGUUAUGAAGGAUGAGUUUCGGCGCGGAAAGGAGAUUUGCGAUCGGAUUGAAGGGGCGGUUGGGGGUGGGGCGGCGGCGGGGGGAGCGGGGGGAGGAGUGGGGGGAGUGGGGGGGGCGGGCGGAGGGGGGACGGGGGAGCAGAGGGCGGAGUGGGCGGAGCUGUUUGAGCCGUUUGCCUUCUUUGAGGCGUACAAUCACUAUCUUCAGAUUGACAUCAGUGCUGCCAGCGAUGCCGACAUGCUCAAGUGGAAGGGCUGGGUGGAAUCCCGGCUUCGAACGCUCGUCACUAGGAUUGAGCGGCAUACCGAUGGGUUGCUCCAGUGCCACCCGCACGUGUGUGAGAUCCACGACCCCGCCCGCUCCUACCCGCACUGCCUCUUCUACAUGGGGCUGCAGCGCCGCGCCCCCCCCACCCCCACUCCCACCACCCCCGGCACCCCUGGAAACACCUUCACUGAGGACGGCGGGAGCGCCGGUGCGGGCGGUGGGGCGAGGGAGUUUGACAUUCGAUACACAGUGGAUGAUUUUAAGAGCACGGUGGAGAGCUUUCAGUCGUGGCGAGAGGGCAUGGGGAUCGAUGUGCUGUACCUCAAGCGCAAGCAGCUGCCUCUGUUUGUCUUCCCGGGCGGUGUGAAGCCGCGACGGGCGUCCAGAGGGGGGAAGGGGUCGGGGAAAAAGGAGAAGGGGGUGGGGGGAGUGUCGCCUGCGAAUGGAGGGGGGAGGGUGUUGGGGAAGCGAGGCGCGGAGGAGGGCGGGGAGCAGGGGGAGGCGAAGCGUGCGCUCACGCCUGCUGCUGCCGCUGCUGUUUCUGCCUCUGCUGCUGCGGCUGCGGCGGCUGUGGGUGCUGCGGGUGGUGUGGCAGCAGGAGUGGGAGUCUCGCCUGUGUCCCCUGCUCUUGUCUCUGUGGGUGCUGCUGGUGGUGUAGCGGCAGAAGGAGGCGACGGGGCGGGGAGAGGGGCGGGUGGAGGGGUGGAGGGUGCGGGGGGAGCAGAGGUGCCGCAGGCAGCAGCAGUGGCAGCGGGCGCCAAUGGCAUUCUUCGUUGUGGGCUAGCAAGCUUCUUUGACCCGCCAUCAGCCUUGUGGGUCGUCUCUUCCCCGCUAUUGCCACCCCCCUUCCCUCUUUCCCUCUUCCCUACCUUCCUGCCAUCUCCUGCCCUCCCCUUUCCCCCCUGCCCUCCCCCACCCCCCGCGUGGCCCCCCUACCACCCUCCUCUCCUCUACCAGGCGGUGCUGCCUGGGUCAGCGCAUGCCAGCAUGAGGCAGGAGGCGCGCCCUCGACCCACUCUCAACCUCCCAUGUGCCGCCCUUUUCCUUCCCAUGUGCGGCCCAUUUCCUUCACAUGUGCUACCCAUCUUUUUCCAUGUGCCGCCCAUCUCCUUCACAUGUGCCGCCCAUCUCUGUCCCAUGUGCCGCCCAUCCCUGCAGGCUAAGCUUUGCGUCAGGCUUGGCUGGCCGAGUUGGACGAACCUGAGGCAGCAGCAGGUUCGGCAGCAGGUGAGGUGCCAAUAG